AUGAAGCAACGACAUGAACGACUCUAUUCAUAUCCCACCCGCACAGCCAAGCUGAUCAUACUCGUCUGUAUCUUGUCCCUGGCUGCACCCCUCGCAAUUCUCGUUGCCCUUUCCGAAAACCUCUCUCGCCCUCUCGCACUCAAUGGCUGUUUACCAGAUGGCGGCUUCGCGAUUUACAAGAGCCAGUUUGGACAGGAGCAGGGAUCGUAUAGGUCAUGGAAGGCGCGACUCGUGAUGCUCAUCAUGGCCCUAUUGACAAUAUACAUUGCCACUUUUCCUACGCUCUUUUCCGCCAUGACUGGAUACUACAGCCCUGGACGUCUCAUGAUCAGAUACCACCCAUCCACUGAGGAUAUGGGUGAAGUAGACGAGGUGGACUGCCGCGGAAUCCAAAUGAUGCCGGCAUGGGGCGUGCUAUUGGACGGCGAGCGUGUUCGUCUUGAUAGUCCGACGGCUUUCAGCUAUGUUUAUCCAGACGUUCACUCAAUGCGAGAAUAUUACUCCAUUUAUGAAAGCGCAUACAACGCCGCAGAAUGCACCAACGCAGAAAGUACAGCCGACUGCCCGGCAACCAACAUCUCAAGCCAAUACAUCAGUCCACGCAAUGUUACCUACUGUCUGGAUCCACCGCUUCUCAAUUUUCAUCUACUGUCCAAUGACUCUCUGUCCAUGGACUCCCCUUCCCCCUCGCCGGACAAGAUGCCCGUUGCUUGGGUCUGUGACUUCGCGUUGUUCUAUCACACAGACUUUUUCGCCCACUCGGGGAUUAAAGAGCCCAAUGCCACUGGGUCAUGUCAGUCUGCCUCAGACGGCUAUAUCUGGGGCUUCUCAUAUAUUUUGCUGUUUAUUGUGUGCUUGCUGAAUCUGAUCACUGGACUGGCUUUAUAUGGACUUUGGAUCUACGGUCAUGGGAGCAAAGAAGGAACGUUGCGUGGACGCGAACCGGCGAGUCAGUUGCGUGCGGCGGCAAAUAUUAUUCAGCAGGCGAGGGAGUACUACGGGGACGAGGCGGUUAAUGGAGAUUGGGAUUGCAGGAAGAUGGAGAGGGAUAUUUUCGGCGGGGACAGAGGUAUGCGAAUUAUUGUGUGUCGAGAUAAUCGGAACAUGUAUGGAGUAUAG